CAAGUUCAUUGUUUUUUACUAACAACGUCAAUCUCUCCGUCUGUAUCUCUCUCUCUCUCUCUCUCUCUCUCUCCCUCCACUGCAAUGGUUCUUGAAAAGCAAGUUCGUGUAAUAUUUCCGGAACUCUGGAGAGCUUCCAACGGACGUGGUUUGUGCUCCAAAACUUGAGAACUGAUAUUGCUAGCAGGGUGUAGAUAAAAUUGUGGACACUAGAGUCAAUACAAAAGCAGGAUGGCAACUGAGAGCGUUAUGGGAAUGGUGGAAAGCAGCAGAGUUAGAAAGUGGACCUCUUCUAAGGAUGCUGCAGCUUUUGGAUUCCCAUUACAAAAUAUGGCAGCAGAGCAGUUGGGAGUACUCUUGGAGGGGCAAAGAGUUCUUGGAGAUCAACUUAGCAUAGUGCCUAACAGAAGUGGUAGCGCUCCACCAAGCAUGGAAGGUUCACUUGCAUCAAUUAAGUAUCUUUUGAUGCAACAUAACUCUCAUGCCAAUUCAAGCUUGGCUAAUUUAAGUGGUGUGCCGGAGGAACAACUAAAAUUUGAUCCAGCUUAUUCUGCAUACUCCAGCUCUAAGAUCAAGUUGAACCCGAGGAUUCCUCCACCUCUUAUCUCGCAAGAGAAUCAGUGCCUAGUGCAUCAAAUGGGUUUUUCUGGCAAUAAUGCGAGACUGAUUUCUGUUGAUGAUAGUUGCAAUAGGCCCUUGCAUUUGUCUCAAGGCUCUCUUUCUCCUCAUAUGGAGGAGUCUGAGGAUGAUCCUUCACCCAGGCCAGCUUCCAACAAUUUGGCUGAAAGUAGUACUGCAUUUAUGCCUGGACAGAACUCCGUAUCUUUGCGUAGUCAUCACAAAAGUUUGGUUGAUCUGAUUCAGGAAGACUUCCCCCGUACACCUUCUCCAGUUUAUAAUCAGUCUCGUUCAUCUGGCCAUGCAACAACAGAGGGAUCGUUUGAUUCUGAUGUCCAUGCAAUUUCAGCAAAUGUUUCUUCUAUUGAUGCUUCCAAGCUCCUGGAAUCAAACUCAGGCUCUACUGACAUUUGUUCAGAGGCUUGUGCUCUGGAUGCACGUGUUGUUGGAGUGACAGUAAAUAGUAAUCCUUCAAUGACCUCUUUUACAAGCUCAAGGUGUCCUGAUGCGAGUAGGAGCCCACUAAUGUCAGAAUACAAUGAAUCAAGCAAUAAAAAUUCCAGUUUAAAGGAUGACGUACCAUUUAGUGGUGGUACCCUCAGGUCAGACAUCUCCAAAAUGGAGACCAAAACUAUAGCAUCUAAUGCAGAGAGUGACAGGAAGAAACAAGAAGAGCAUCGGAAUAUGGCACAACAGCAUCCCUCUGCUCAAGGGGGUAUUCCACAUCAAGUUCAGGGAAUCGAAGCCCAAGUUCAUUCUGAAGGAAUGAGUAAUUCUCAUGGUGCCACUGAAAAAGCUCCCCAUGAUCCUAAUUUUUCUUCUGUUGACAUACAGUCUUCAUUGCAUUCUCAUGGACUUGUUCCUCCCUUAUAUGCAACAGUAAUGUCAGGACAUCCAUAUUACCCUAAUUUUUAUCCAUCAGGGCUGUUUUCUUCUCAAUACGGUGUUGGGGGGUAUACUCUGAGUUCAGUGCCUCUUCCCCCAUAUAUGGCUGCAUACCCCUCUCAUGGUGUGAUGCCUCUGCCAUUUGAUCCUGCUUCUGCUCCAAGUUUUAGUGGUCAAACUGCUGGUGCUUUAAUAGGGGAAUGCAUCCCACUUGGAGGUGAUGUGCAAAAUCUAGGGAAGUUUUAUGGGCGGCAUGGAUUAAUGCUUCAACCUUCUUUUGUGGAUCCUCAUCAUAUGCUUUAUUAUCCACAUUAUUUUGAUAAUGCAUAUGGCACUGCAUUCCAUUCUCAGUUGGCAUCAACAGGUAUUGUUGGGAGCCAGGAUAACCAUUUGUCAACUGUGGCCUCUUAUAUGAGCUAUCAGAAAUUUCAACCUCAGACAAAUCUGAGCAUUCCAGGUCCAAGAGAAGUGGGAAAUGCUAGUGGUCGUUAUUUUCCAACUUCUCCUAACUUGGAUGUCAUGGCGAAAUUUCCUGCAUCACCAAUUCCUAGUUCAUUACAUCCAUCAUCUCCGGUUGGUGGAAUGAGUCAUCUUGGUCAGCAUAGUGAGAUGAGGUUACCUCGAAGUUCUAUCAGAAAUUCUGGACAAUAUUCAGAGAGGCAAGGGCAGAGAAGACUCAACAGCUUUGUUGAGCCCAAAGGGCACUCUCUUCUUGAAGAACUGAAAUCCAGCAAUGUUCGAAAGUUUGAACUCUCUGCUAUUGCAGGGCAUAUUUUUGAAUUCAGUGUUGAUCAACAUGGGAGUCGAUUUAUUCAGCAAAACCUGGAACAUUGCAGUGUUGAAGACAGGGCAUCUGUUUUCAAAGAAGUUCUUCCACAUGCUUCAAUAUUAAUGAUAGAUGUUUUUGGCAAUUAUGUCAUUCAAAGGUUUCUUGAAUAUGGAAGUCUCGAGCAGAGAAAGGAACUUGCAGAUCAACUUGUUGGACAUAUGUUGACUUUAAGUUUGCAGAUGUAUGGUUGUCGUGUAAUCCAGAAGGUCCUUGAAGUUAUUGAGCCUGAUCACAAAAUACGACUUGUGCGUGAGCUUGAUGGACACGUUAUGAGAUGUGUACAUGAUCAGAAUGGAAAUCAUGUUAUCCAAAAAUGUAUAGAAAGUGUCCCUACAGAGAAAAUUGAAUUUAUUAUCUCAGCUUUUCAAGGUCAAGUUGCCACGCUUUCUACUCAUCCCUAUGGUUGUCGUGUCAUUCAGAGAAUUCUGGAGCAUUGUUCAGAUGAGCUGCAGAUUCAAUGCAUAGUGGACGAAAUCUUGGAGUCUGCUUAUGUUCUUGCUCAAGAUCAGUAUGGCAAUUAUGUCACGCAGCAUGUUUUGAAGAUGGGAAGGCCCCAUGCAAGAAGUCAAAUAAUCAAAAGCUUCACUGGGGCAGUUGUCCACAUGAGCUUUCAUAAAUAUGCUUCAAACGUCAUUGAGAAAUGUUUGGAGCAUGGGGACACUACUGAACGGGAGCUCUUGAUCGGAGAGAUUAUUGGGCAAUCUGAGGACAAUGAUAAUUUAUUGACAAUGAUGAAGGACCAAUUUGCAAAUUACGUGGUCCAGAAGAUUCUCGAAACAAGCAGUGAUAAACAACGCGAAAUAUUACUAAAUCAUAUAAGACUUCAUCUUCAUGCUUUGAAGAAAUUCACCUAUGGGAAACACAUAAUUGCUCGAUUUGAACAGCUAUCUGGUGAAGAAAUCCAAUCCUUGGAAGGAGAAUAAGGUACUCUGCAUGGGACAGCAGGUCGUCUUAAGUGAAAUGCAGGAAGCUGGCUGCAGCAAGAACGACUCUGCUUGUAAAAAAGUUAGAGAUGGACAAACACAUUCCAUUCUUUGCAAAUGUAAAUUCCUUUAUUGCAUCUGCGACGGAUGGCUGCCUGUUAGGCGUAGCUAAAGUAUAUUUUAUGUAACUUCGUAUAAUCAAAUGGUAUGCUUGUGUUGUCAAUGUAUAUAGAAAAUGAGCAAUGAUCAUUGUUCAAAGCAAUCUUAUUGCUGGGAAAUUAUGUUCAAUGAUCAUUCUUGUGCA